AUGAGUGGAAGUUAUUGGACAUCUACACAGCGACAGCAGUGGCAGUUCUCGAAGGCUGCACUGGCUAAAGAGAAACAGAAGUUAUGGGUCCUGGAGUGUCAGCUGUAUCCAGAGGGUUUAAAUAUCGUAAUGGAUUCUUCUAAUGGUAAUGUUAACAACAAUAGCAACGGCAACAAUCACCCGUCGGUAAAGAAUAUUCCAAUCUUGCAUCGAGAUUUGCAUUACGAUAAGGAUUACAAUCUACGUAUAUAUUGUUAUUUCCUAAUAAUGAAACUAGGAAGAAGACUCAAUAUACGACAAGUCGCAUUGGCAACCGCACAUGUAUAUUUAGCUCGAUUCUUAUUGAGAGCAUCCAUUAGAGAAGUCAAUCUGUAUUUAUUAGUGACUACAUGUGUCUAUUUAGCAUGUAAAGUAGAAGAAUGUCCACAAUAUAUUAGAUCUUUGGUCUCUGAAGCUAGAUCAUUAUGGCCUGAAUUUAUACCUCCUGAUCCAACAAAAGUUACAGAAUUUGAAUUCUAUCUGAUUGAAGAAUUGGAAAGUUAUUUAGUGGUACAUCAUCCUUAUAAAUCAAUGGAACAAAUGGUCACUGUAUUGAAACAACAGCCUUAUUCAUUAGAAUUAUCACCUGAAGAGAUUCAAAAUUGUUGGUCUUUAAUUAAUGAUAGUUAUAUUAAUGAUGUGCAUUUAGUUUAUCCACCACAUAUUACUGCAAUGGCUUGUAUGUUUAUCACAUUAUCAAUACAAGACAACACAAAUACAAUUAGUACAUUUAAUGAUUUUAUGGCUAGAUCUCAAGUAGAUUUACAAGAAGUUAUGGGUGCUGUACAGGAUCAAAUCACUUUAUAUGAUCAUUGGGAUAAAUAUCAUGAACCAUGGAUUAAAUUCCUAUUGCAUACUUUAUAUUUGCGCAAUAAUCAACAGCCGUCCCAAUCUUCAUCAUCACAACAACAAUUGCAACAACUGCAGCAGCAACAGCAGCAAGCAUCAUCGUAA